AGGAAAGGAAACCAAAAAGAAAAGGAAAAGGAUGAGUCUGAAAUAUUAGGCUACUUCUGGAACCUUCUUCAGAAUUCUCAAAUAAUCAAAACCAACCCAAGUAUAAAUCCAAUCCACCGCUUUCCACCAUCCAUACACGUAUUACAUACCAAACCACUCGUUCCGAUUCUAAUCGAUCAUCAUCGUUACCAUUUUCGUCCUCAACUUCAAGCGUUGAGCCUACGAUCCAAAAUCUUCGAAUAUUUGACCUUUCUUCUCAAGCUCAGUAGCAGAAGUUAAAGAACGUAAGGGUCAAAGAGAAACAAAUGGGAGUGGAUUACUAUAAGGAGCUCAAAGUAGACAGGAAUGCUAGUGAUGAUGACUUAAAGAAAGCUUAUAGGAAACUUGCCAUGAAAUGGCACCCUGAUAAAAACCCAAAUAAUAAAAAGGAAGCAGAAGCCAAAUUCAAGCAAAUCUCUGAAGCUUAUGAGGUUCUGAGUGAUCCCCAGAAAAAAGCAGUGUAUGAUCAGUACGGUGAGGAAGGGCUUAAGGGUCAAAUGCCACCACCAGACGCCGGAGGACCGGGUGGAGCUUCAUACUUCUCGACCGGAGAUGGACCCACGACGUUUCAAUUCAAUCCUCGAAAUGCAGACGAUAUUUUUGCGGAGUUUUUCGGGUCCUCGGGACCCUUUGGGGGCUUGGGAGGGAUGGGUGGAGGAGGAGGAGGAGGUAUGAGGGGUUCAAGGUUUUCAAGUGGGAUUUUCAGGGAUGACAUAUUUGGAUCGUUUGGGGAAGGAGGUGGAGGUGGUGGCGGUGGCUCCAUGAACCAUGGUGCCCCUAGGAAAGCAUCUCCGAUUGAGAAUAGGCUGCCUUGUAGCCUUGAAGACCUGUACAAGGGAACUACAAAGAAGAUGAAGAUCUCUAGAGAUAUUGUUGAUGUUAGUGGGAAGACGAUGAAAGUAGAAGAGAUACUAACGAUAGAUGUAAAACCUGGAUGGAAGAAGGGAACAAAGAUCACUUUUCCUGAGAAAGGAAAUGAACAACCAAACAUUGUUCCAGCGGAUCUUGUGUUCAUAAUAGAUGAGAAGCCACAUAGUGUGUUCACUCGUGAUGGAAAUGACUUGAUUGUCACACAGAAGAUAUCUCUAGCUGAGGCUUUAACUGGUUACACAGUUCAUCUAACAACCUUGGAUGGAAGAAAUUUGAGUAUUCCAAUCAAUAAUGUGAUUCAUCCAACUUAUGAGGAGGUUGUUCCCAGGGAAGGAAUGCCAAUGCCGAAAGACCCAACAAAGAAAGGGAACUUGAGAAUCAAAUUCAACAUUAGGUUUCCACCAAGGUUGACAGCAGAUCAGAAGGCUGGAAUAAAAAAACUUAUUAGUUGAGAUGAUAGAUUAUAUUAUAAUGACAAAUAUGCUGGAGAGCAAGCUAUGUUAUAAUCAAUAGAAAUCAUUUGUGAAUACGUAGGCUGGUUUUUGUAUACAUUGGCAAUUUAUUAUACGACUUCAAGCUUAAAGAAAUUUAUUCCAAGAAA